AUGGGAUCAAAUCCCACUAGCUGGUCAUGCAAUAGACAGGGGAGUAGAGUCUUCGACGACGCCUGGAACGACUACAUAGACUCCUUGAGGGGUUACUUCAGCAACGUAGCAGAGGGAGAAGACCAAGAACAGACUGAGUUUGACGAGGAAGAUUGCCCCACCCUCAAAGUUUCUAGAAAAGAAUAUGAAAGAUGGUGUGCUCCUUGGAGAAAGUCUCUUAUUAUUAAACUGCUUGGAAAAUCUAUUCCGUUGUGGCUAAUGAAAGAGAACCUCGCAAGACUAUGGGAAACGGAUAAAUCUUAUACAACCAAAGACCUUGAUAAUGGUUUCUUUGUUGUGUCCUUUGAAGAUGAAAAGGAUAUGAAUCUCAUACAUGAAGAAGGCCCAUGGAUGAUUACAGACCGGUAUCUCAUCGUUCAACACUGGCAACCUAACUUUGACCCAUGGAGUGGGGACACGAUGAAGAAAAUUGCGGCGUGGUUACAUAUUCCCCUAUUGCUUUUAAAGUUCUUCAACACUGAAAGCCUUGGAAAAAUCAGAAGGCUCAUAGGAAGGACCCUAAAGGUAGAUAUGAUCACAUACACUAGCGACAGAGGCAGGUUUGCAUGCAUAUGCGUCGAGUUGGAUCUCCAGAAAAAACUAAAGUCUGCCAUAAACAUAUUUGGGACUAGAAGGAUUAUUGAGUAUAAAGGCCUACAUCUAAUCUGCUUCCACUGUGGUAAAUACGGACAUCACCGUGAUGUAUGCCCAGAGAACACCAGAAAUACUGAGCAGAAUGCGGGCACUCCACACGAAUCAGGUAAAGCGAAACCUGUCAAAGAUCCUGUUAUGGUUAAUGUGGAUUUGAAUUCAGAGCCAAAAGAGACUGCGAAUAUACAGGUCCCCCAACACAAUGUGUCAGAAAGUAGAACCCCAAAGAGACCGAAUAAAGAUAUAGCCGCUGGAAAGUUCUCUGUUAGAGAGCCCACGGUGACGACGGAGGGCCACGGUGUCUGGGACUUGGUACAACGGUCAAAGGGUAGGAAAUCUGGAAACAAUGCUAAGUUGGGAUAUGCAAAUAGUAAAAAGGAGCAAUUUGCGUGGAAGAUGGAGAAGAUAUCUUAG